ACUAGUUGAGACGAUUGAAAAUUUGCGUUGUGUGUCGAGUAUUGCGUAUUACGUUAUUUUUUUUAACAAAAUUGCUAUCUAAAAUUGUGAGAAGAAAUUUUUAAAGAUGGGAAAGGGAUUCAAUAAUUACAUGUGCAAAAAAUUCUUUCAUCCGGCAUCACGAGACAAUUUGAAGCGAGUAUGGAUGGCAGAACAACAAGCAGAGGCAUACAAGAAGAAACAGGAGGAGCUGCGAGUGCAGUAUGAGAAGGAGCAAGAUCUUCAUAAUAACAAGGCGCUACUCAGCAAAGAAAGUAAGGAUAAACUUAGUGUCAAUUUUAUGUAUGAACCACCUCCCGGAGCAAAGAAAGAGCGGGAAAAGGAAGACAACGAGCCUGAGUACAAGUUUGAAUGGCAGCGGAAAUAUAAUGCUCCAAGAGAGAGCUACUGCAAAGGGGAUAGUGAAAUUCGUGAUCAACCCUUUGGUAUACAAGUGAGAAAUGUACGGUGUAUCAAAUGUCAUAAAUGGGGACACAUAAAUACAGAUAAGGAGUGUCCAUUGUACAGUCAAGCAAUGAGUGUUGUAAUGGCAAAUAAUUCGCAGACGCCAUCUGCCCCAGACACUAUGACUCUUGUGCAACAAAUGCGAGAAGAUGGUCUAGCUUUGAAAAAAUCUGCAUUGGAUGCACAACAACAUUUACGAGUUCCAGAACACGAACAUCUUAUGGUUUCUGAAGACGAGGAACAAUCAGAAUUGUUAUUUUUAAAAUCUCUAUCAAAGAAAGAAAAGAAAAAAUUAUUAUUGAAAUUACAGCUUUUAGAAAGAAAGAAACUUAAAAAAGAUAAAAGAAGAUUAAAAAAGAUAAGAAGCAGUAAUAAGAAGUCUAGUAGUAAUAGUAGUAAUACUAACACCAACAGCAGCAGCAGCAGCAGUAGUAGUAGUAGCAGUAGCGGUAGUAGCAGUGAUAGUAGUAGUAGUAGCAGUAUUGACUCGGAAGAUUUUCAUUCCAAGAGGGACAAAAAAAAAAGGAAAAAAGCCGACUUUAAAGAAGAGAAUAUUUAUAAGAUUUACAAACAUAAAAGGAAACGGAGUCAUGACAAACACAACUACCAUAGAAAUGCUAAACAUGAUAAACAUAAGGAUCGUCAUAAUAGAAAGAAAAAAGUUAAACACUGCCAUAAGGAUAGAAACAAUUCAAAACAUAAUAAAAUGCAUAAAAAGUACCAUAAUUAAUCACUUUAAUAAUACUCGUUAAAUGUAACUG